AUGUCUUCUCCUAAGUCUUUCCUAUCCGACUACUCUGUCGGCAGCCCGCAUGGAUUCGCUUCCCCGUUGAAAACCCGACGGGAAGCUUUUCUCUUGAUGAACUAUCUUCAAGAACUUGCACCAAGAAUUGAUCUCUGUGAUCCUUCGAAACGCUUUGGUCGUGAAGUGCCAAAGAGAGCUCGCCAACUUCCCCUCCUAGCAUACUCCAUCCUAGCUUUCUCGUCACGUCAUCAAGUGCUGAUUACUGGUAUUGAUGAUGAAAGUAGCGAAGAGUAUCACAGCUAUGCUUUACGCAUCCUGAUCCCCAUCCUUGAUGACCCGAUGUCAUCUUUGGAUGAAAAUCUUUUAGCAGCUGCGGUCCUACUACGUUUAUAUGAGGAGAUGUGUGAUGUCGAUACCGGAACUCAUCUUGCUGGGUCCGCACGACUCUGGAACGACAUCCCUGACUUCAUAGCCCAAGGCGGUCUAAGCGAAGCAGCUAGUUGGAUAAUGCUUCGCCAAAAUCUGCAUAUCUCUCUGAUUAAACACGAGCCUAUGCAAGUGGAUUUGAACAAAUACAGACGUUCCAGAUCAUUCAUAAAUACGACUGACGAGGACUUUGCCAAUCGGGUUAUUCUCCUCUGUUGUCAGGUAUUAGCGACAAGUUUUGACCCAGGCGCACAGCCCGACUACGCAACGUGGGCACAGCUUGGUGAGGAGGUUGCGAGAUGGCAUGAUUCUAUACCGGCACAUUAUCAUCCUUAUUAUUCUGAUGUGAAGACUACUUCUACUGGGGUUAAAUCGGCUUUUCCCACAGUAUGGAUGAUGAAUCCUGCUCAAGUUAUGGGAUAUCAACACUAUUGUCUGGCUCGCAUCCUGCUACAUAUCUCUGAGCCGAGACUAUGGGUUUCUAGUUUGAGAACCAUCGAGAACCGAGUAGCCGCAGAUAAAGCGGCCCUGAAUGAUCUCCGUAUCGCUAUCGGUCUCGGUAUCCAUAACCCUUCUGUGGUCGGUGCCGGGUUUACUGUACACCAUAUACUUUUCACUUGUGGCUGUUUAUUAACUAAUCCUAUAGAGCAGCAGGAGGUGCUUAACUUUAUAGAUGAGUUUGGAAAGAGUAUUGGCUGGCCAACACAUAGAUUAAAGAAGAAACUCGAUGCAAUAUGGCAUUAA